AUGUCUUACAUCCGCGGGGUGUUGCCGAAGGUCCAAGGGUCCACAGUCCCUGUGGUGACCACAGGCCCAGUUCACAGCCCGCCUCCCCAGUGCCCAGCACCCCUUGGCUUUCCCAACUCUGAACUCCAGUGGCUGCAAGAUCAGCCAUACCCAUUUCUUCUGACUGUUCAGGUAGGGCUGGGAGCACCAGAAAUCCUGCUUUCUGCUCCAGAACCAGCUGAGGGGAGCUGUUCUCGGUGCAUCUCCUUGCUCAUCGAAUCCUGUCCUGCAGGGUCCUGGACUCAAGGACAUGCCUGUUGCAGCUGCUCCUGGCACCUGCAGACCUGCUGGGAGUUGCGUCUCACCCAGAGACAGAGCUGCCUGGAGGGCCAGGUCCAUCCCAGCCCAGCUACUGUGAAGCAGGUGGAGGAGCGGAAACUGCCAUGUGUCCUGCAGGAGAGGGAUCACGCAAUGAGCUCCCCACCUGGAAGCAGAGACCUAGACUCGGGCCAAAGGGGUGACAAAGCCAGUCACCGCCAAGAGUCAGGAGGUCAAUGUGCCCAGCCAGGACGCCAGGGGAGCCUUGGGAUCUUCUUCCACCUGUUCCUGCUCCUCUCUGCACCAAGUCCAAGUCACCUGGUUCUGAAGGCCUUAGGGGCUUGCACGGCCCCACAGGAUGAUAGCAGGAAGCUCUGCAUCCCACCGUGGGAAGCCGGAGUGUCCCUGCAGCUUCAGUGGGAACUGCCAACCUGGAGCACUCCACCCACUUAAUACCAUAAUAAAGCGCUUUGUUACCUGUGAGG